UAAAUGUCAAACUUAAACGUCAAGUUAAUUGUUUUGGUCGCUGAUUUUGUUAUUUAUUAUUCUUUUAAGAUACCUACAUAUGUAUUUGUAUCUAGAAUGCAAUUUAACUAAAAAUUAUAAAGGCAGUAAAAUAUAGGUUUUAAUAUUAGGAACAAAAUGACUUGGAACAGCUGUCGCACCUGUUUAAGCAUCCAGAAUUUAAAUCCUAUAUUCCCUAUGCCGGAACACCAUGAAAAAUAUACAAAUGUUAUAUUAUCCACCACAGGAGUUAAGGUGGAACUGAACGAUGAGUAUCCACAAGUAAUGUGUACAUCGUGCAUACAACUGAUAAAUGAUUCAUACAAGUUCCGGAAGAAGUGUGAGCAGACCCAGCAGAUACUACAGAGCAGCACCCACACACGAGACGGUGUAGUUAAAACUGAAAUGCAGUCACAGAGCGAUGCCACAUACACUUUUAUUGAUAUUUCGGAUUUAAUAAUUGAUUUGGACACGACAAAUGCCAACGAAGAUGAAACAAAUACUAGUAUAGAAGAAGAAAAAAAGUUAAAUAAGAAAAAGGAGAAAGUUAAAAAGAAAGAGAAGAAGGAUGUGAAAGUGAAAGAGAAGAUAGAGUGUGAACAUUGUCACAAGAUAUUAACUUCCAAACUGUCACUGCGGAAUCAUUAUAAAAUACACACCGGGUUUGAUGUGGUCUGCGAGCACUGCGGUAAAAAGUUCAUAACGCGGAGGCUGCUGCUGAUGCACUGCCGGGCCAAGCACGGCUAUGAGAAGACGGACAAGUGCUCCUACUGCGACUACCGGGCCUCCAACGCCGAGCAGGUCAAAAUCCACGAGCGGCUGCACACCGGGGAGCGCCCGUUCGUGUGCGCGCAGUGCGGUGCCGCCUUCCACCGGCGAAGCACCCACCUGCAGCACGUCGCCACGCACCUGCCCGACCGCCCCGUGCCCUGCCCGCACUGCCCCGCGCGCUUCCAGACCACCACCCUCAUGCGCAUCCACCGCAGCCGCCACGCCGCCCCGCCCGCGCGCUGGCGCUGCGCCCUGUGCGAGGGGCGCUUCGCCCGCCGCCGCACCGCCCUGCGACACCUGCUGCGGGCGCACGCGCUACAGGACCCCGCGCUGCUGCACAAGGACACCGCGCCCUGACCCCCCCACCCUCCCCCCACCACACUCACUCAAUCAACAAUUUUGCGGUAGACAGCGGCUUAGCUCUGCCCCUGGCAUUGCUGAAGUCCAUGGACGACGGUAAACACUCACCAUCAGGUGGGCCGUAUGAUCGUCUGCCUACAAGGGCAAUAAAAAAAAUCAUUUCUUUUUAAUUUAAUUAGGUACAUUGAAAACCAUUCCGAGGACUAUGUUAAUUAAUUACAAACUAUAUAUUUUUAAGGAAAAAUAUAUUUUAAUUACCAAUAUUUUUAAUCAGUCAUGUUUGAUCUUUGUUUGUCCUCCAUUGCCAUGGUUGGCUGUAUUGGCACAGAUACUUCUGCCUAUAUGUUUUAUUGACUCUGUGCACAACUCAAAUGUCAGUUUUGUUAUGAGUCUAUUGAUGAUCUCAUAACACUUUUAAUUUCAACUCUAAGCAUGAAGCUAGUCCCCAGUUAGACACUUAAUGCUGUGUGCAACAAUCCGAGCGGGGCUACAGAGGGAUGGUACUUGGGUUGUACAAAAUAAUGUGACACUUUCUUUCUUUCUUUUUUUUUCGUCACUAUCUUUAUGCCAGUUUCUUAAUUAUGUCAGCACCUUACAAAGUAAUUAAAUUUUAUCUCCAUUAUUAACAAAAAAAGCUACACUGAAUUAUUAGGAAACUUUUAAAUGACUUUCUUAAGUUGGCUUAUAUUUUCUAAAAAAUAUAUUUAAAAUCACAUUCUAAGUUAUAGUCUGGACUGGCAUUAUAUCAGACUUCAGGACAUCCUUUUAUUUCAUAAGGUCCCAAGUAAAUCCAGGAAUAACAUUAGAAAUCAGUGUGGCAAAGUUAACUCAAAGUUGUAUGGAGUUGUAACGUUUGCGUACGUUUGCCGCUAGGGGCGCUGUACCUACUCCAUACAAAUUGGAGUUAACUUUUACGCUGUCGAGAACGUUAACAAAAUUCGCACUAAGCACAGUGACCACUUACUGGUGGUAGGACCUCUUGUGAGUCCGCACGGGUAGGUAGCACCGCCCUAUAUCUGCCGUGAAGCAGUAAUGCGUUUUGAAGGGUGGGGCAGCUGUUGUAGAUGUCUAUGGGCUCCAGUAACCACUUACGGGAGGGGGGGGGGGUGUGUGCCAUGAGAGCGCGUGAGGUCGCGCCGCGCGCGUUCUGUACUGUAGAUGUUAUUGAAGUUAAGUUUUCUCUGAUAGAUUUAAUUACAAUACAUACUUUAAUAAAGAGGAAACAAAAAAGACAUUAGUGAGAUUUAUUUGUAAUUUUAACUAACUGUGUGUGUGCGUGUUGUGUGUGGUGCGAGAAAGUUCUUAGAUUAGCGGGCGACAUACAAGCGCCCCCCCCCCGGCGUUAUAUUUCAUUACUCAUAGCUUAGUCCUAAUGUGAAUAUAGUUUAAUUUAAAUUAUGUAUUUAAUUAAUAGAUAAUAUGUCGAGUAAAUCAUUCAAAAUAAAA